UAAGUGAAGUGUUCUAAGUGAUACAGGAGUGGAGUAGGUGUGACAAUGUUGCGACUGUAAUUAUAAUUUAUUAUAUAUAUUCACAAAUACAAUAAGGCUAAAAAUAAAAAAUAAUAAAAAUGGCUGAAUUAGCGGCAUUACUCCGUCAAGAUAUACCGGAGGGUCGUAGUAAUUUAGCCGACAGUCACACAAACCUUGAGCGAGUCGCCGAGUACUGUGAAGCGAAUUAUUUUCAAGCUGAAAACAAGCGAAUAGCAUUAGAAGAAACUAAAAAUUUUACAACUCAAUCACUUGCCAGCGUUGCGUAUCAGAUCAAUACUCUCGCGUAUAAUUUUCUCCAACUGCUGGAUCUUCAGACUUCUCAACUAAAUGAAAUGGAAAGUCAGAUGAACCAUAUUGCCCAGACGGUAAUGAUACACAAAGAGAAAGUUGCUCGUCGUGAGAUCGGAGUUCUUACGGCAAAUAAAAUGACAACAAGACAAUACAAAAUAAUCGCACCCGCAAAUCCGGAAAAACCAAUAAAAUAUGUACGUAAAAGCAUUGACUAUACAACUUUAGAUGAAAUUGGUCAUGGAGUGAGAAGCGGAGGUACUCCGAGAAGUAAACAGCGAGGUAGUAGUCAGGGAAGUGUUCAAAGUUUGGGCGGUACUUCAACAAAUUCAGGAAUCACUGCAGCGAUGGUUGGUCCGGCUCCUACAACCAAACCUCCGACUCCGCCGCAAGUCGCGAGAACUGGAACGCUGAGCAAGGGAUCAAGAGAAUAUAGAACUCCGCCAGCAGUUGCUCCGCCACAAGUACCGAGUCAUUAUGCGCCCAAUUAUCCUCUGGGACAUCCGAGACGGGAACGAGGCCCUGGUUACAGUACUCUGCCUCUUCAUGCUCACACCACUACGCUGGCUCACAAUAAUUCUAAUCUUAAUAAUAGCGUUAAUAGUGUACACUCUGCGCCUCCACAAGUCGGUACGGUACAUCCGUUACAGAGCCACCCGCAGAUACCACCUCCUGCGCCUCCUAGUGUCACUGGGUCUUAUAUACAGGAGCUUCAUAUGCCACCACCACCGUCACCACUGGUCGUUGGCGGAGACCUAGGCGAAUUUACAGGUCACCACACAUUACCACACCGUCUCUCACACCAAUUAAGCCGUGGUAGCGGUGCCAGUAGUCCUCCCUUGCCACCACCACCCCCACCAGAACAAGAGGAGCACCCGCAGUUUGGACGUCCGCCCCAAUCUAGCGCCAUAAUGCCAAUCGUACCCGACGAAGAUGAUCUUCCUGGCUGGGUUCCCAAAAAUUACAUUGAGAAAGUGGUAGCAAUUUAUGAUUAUUACGCCGAUAAAGAAGAUGAAUUAAGCUUUCAAGAAAGUUGCGUUAUUUAUGUAUUGAAGAAAAAUGAUGAUGGAUGGUGGGAAGGUGUCAUGGAUGGUAUUACUGGACUAUUUCCAGGCAAUUAUGUUGAACCUUGUGUUUAAAAAUAAAAAUAAUAAAUAAAAAAAUAAAAAAAAAAAUUACUUCUUUCUUGUCGAUUGAUAUAAAUUUAUUAUCGACUGAAUCUCGUUAAAUUUAUUCUACAAAAAUAUCAAAGAUGCUGAUGUUGCAAAUAAUUCAGCUAAUGGUAAAUUUUUUUUUUGCUAAGUACGCAAUUUUGAUAUAUACAUAUAUAUAUUAGAGUGGUUGUUAAAAAUUAAAUAUUCUUAGACGUUCCAUAAAAAGCUUCUUUUUAGUGAAAAAAUACGUGGGGAAUUGUGGGGAAAAUGUGUUCCUCGAAAUUUUUAACAUUUGUAAUCCUUUAGAUUGUCAAUUGAUAAGAUCUAAAAAAGUUUUUUUGAAGGAUCUUCGUAAAUACACAUUUUAUAAAAAAAAUGAAUAUGACCUUUUUUGUCAAGAAUUUAAUUUCCUACAAAAUUGUUUCUAUGAUUUUUUGUUUUAAUCUACAUAUUUCAUGAGAUAUUUAUAAAAAACCGCAAUUUUAUUGAAAAAUGAACUUUGUUAAUCCUGAGGCACGUGUUCUUUUUACUUAAAAGAACAAAUCUCUCACCCACUUCACUAAAAUGAAGCUUUUUAUGGGGCGCCUGAGAAAAUUUAAUUUUUAACGAUCACCCUUAUAUACAUAUUAUUGUAAUAAAAAAAAAUAAUAAUCGAGAUAAUGAAUUAUGAGCUUGUAGACUUUGCUAAAAAAUAUUAUAAAAAGUUAGUCCGUAUGUGUAAUUUUACAAUUUUUUUAAAAAUAAUUAUAAGCUGAAGUAAAAAAAAAUUGUAAUUAUUAAUAUUUAAUAUUUGUACCUUUUUAGUGGAAAAAGUAUUUAUGA